AUGGCUAAACGUGAUUGGAUUCAUGGACCCUCUUGGUUAUUACAUGAUGAAUCAAAUUGUCCUGUGAAAUCGUUUAAUGUAGACUUAAAUACCACGUUAGAGCAGCGCUUAGUUUCUUUGGUAAUAGAAGAUCAAGAGCCAAAUCCUUUAUACUCAUUAAUACAACGAUGUUCGUCAUGGAAUAAAUUACUUCGUACAACCGUCUAUAUUUGUAGGUUUCUCAAACUCAUACCCAAAAAAAAUGUAAUAGAAGCUAGUGAUUUAGAAUUUGUAGAAAAUAUUCUGUUAAAAGUUGUUCAGAAAAUUCAUUUUUCGUCCGAUAUCCUUCAUUUAAAACAAAAUAGAAGUUGCUCGGCCUCCGUACGCAAACUCAGACCGUUUAUUCAUGAUGGAUUACUUCGAGUUGGUGGUCGCUUAGUGAAUGCUCAAUUAGAUUUUAAUAGUCAACAUCCAGUAUUACUUCCUAAAAAGGACGUUUUUGUAGAUUUGCUGAUACGCCAUUAUCAUCAAAUAAAUUUACAUACUGGACCAAAUUUGUUACUUUCGUUGUUAAGGCAACGUUACUGGAUCCUUGCUGGUCGAAACGUAGUUCGAAAUAUUAUCUCGAAAUGUAAUUUUUGUUUCAAAUCUCGGCCUCAAAUACAGUAUCCAUUGAUGGGAAAUCUUCCUUCGUCAAGAGUACAGCAAGCUAAGCCAUUUCUCAAUACUGGCUUAGAUUAUGCAGGGCCUAUUAGUAUAGUUUUCAAUCGCCACCGUGGUGCGCGAUCGCAAAAGGCCUAUAUUUGCCUAUUUGUAUGUUUUUCUACAAAGGCAAUACAUUUGGAACUUGUCUCAGACCUUUCAACUGCAAAUUUCAUACAAGCAUUGAAACGGUUUUUGGCGCGUAGAGGUCUCUGUUUAACAUUAUGGUCAGACAGAAGAACUAAUUUUAUUGGAGCAAAAACAGUUCUGAAGGAGAUGUAUGACUUAAUUGCAUCGCAAGAAUUCGAACAAAAGGUCACUUCGGAACUUGCCCAAAGAGGCAUUGAAUGGAAGUUUAUACCAGGGCAUUCCCCUCACAUGGGCGGUUUAUGGGAAUCUAAUGUAAAAGCGGUUAAAUCGCAUUUAUUAAAAAUUGUAGGGAGUCAGUUGUUAACAUAUGAGGAAAUGAAUACUUUAUUAAUACAAAUUGAAGCUCUGCUAAAUUCACGCCCGUUGUGUAUGUAA